GUGAAUCCAAAGUACUCUGGAUCUCUCAAACAAGAGUGAUUUACUCUUACAAUCCAACCCAGUCCACAAGAGAAUCCCAGUUCUUGUUCAUGGAGGAAAACCCAUUUCAGAGUCGAUGAUCAUUCUUGAAUACAUCGACGAGACGUGGCCAGAGAUCAACCCGUUGCGGCCGAAUGAUCCUUACGAGAGAUCCGUUGCACGGUUUUGGACUAAAUUUGUCGAGGAAAAGAGCUUAUGCAUGUGGCUGUUAUUUGGAGGCAAAGGACAAGAGAAAGCCAAAGAAGAUUGCUACAAUAUGUUGAAGACAUUGGAAGAACAGAGCAAUAUCGGGAAGAAUGCAUUUUUCGGUGGAGUAAAUAUUGGAUUAACGGAUAUAGCAUUUGGAGUUUUGGCGUACUGGUUGGAAAUUAUUGAAGACAUCGCAAGAUUGAAGAUUUUUGAUGCCGAAACAUUUCCUCGCUUGCACUCAUGGAAACAAAGGUUCCUUGAAGCUCCACUCAUCAAAGAAAGCCUUCCGAACCGUGAUGAAUUGACGGUGUUUCUGGAAGCUCGAAAGGAUUGGAUCAUAGCAAAAGCAGAAUCUUUACAGGUUUCGGCAAGGUCUUGAAAUGAAGAUUAUCAAAUCAGAUUUUUCUAUUUGGUCAUACUAUGUACUUUGCAGUUAACUGCCUCGAAUGUCUUUCUGAAAAACUGAAACUCUUAUCAUUUUGUUCAUCUCUGUUGUUUUAAUAUUUUCGAGAAAUGAAAUACUUAGUCCAGUUUACUGGACAGGGAAAAAUGAAUCUA